GGAGCUGAGAGCAGGACGCAAGCAGCAGCCAGUAGCCAGCGCCGCCGAUCGAUCGAGCAGCCUCGCUCUCCCCGUCCUCCGCAGCGUGAUCGAGCGAGCUGCCUGCUGCUCCCCGGCAGACCGAUCUAUCGGGCUGAGCAGCUAGCUUUAGUUUGCUAGCUAGGCGAUCGACCGGCCAUGGCCGCCCCCUCCACCGCGUCGAGGGCCAACUCGCGGGUGAACUACUCGAACGAGAUCCACGACCUCUCCACCGUGCAGAGCGGCUCCGCCGUCCCCACCAUGUACUACCCGGAGAAGUCCCUCGCCGACAUCUUCCCGCCCCACCUCCUCAAGAAGGUGAUCUCGGAGGUGGUGGCGACGUUCCUGCUGGUGUUCGUGACAUGCGGCGCGGCGUCCAUCUACGGCGAGGACCUCAAGCGCAUCUCGCAGCUGGGGCAGUCGGUGGCCGGCGGGCUCAUCGUCACCGUCAUGAUCUACGCCACCGGCCACAUCUCCGGCGCGCACAUGAACCCCGCCGUCACGCUCUCCUUUGCGUGCUUCCGGCAUUUCCCCUGGAUUCAGGUGCCGUUCUACUGGGCGGCGCAGUUCACGGGGGCGAUGUGCGCGGCGUUCGUGCUCAAGGCGGUGCUCCACCCCAUCACCGUGAUCGGCACCACCACGCCGACGGGGCCGCACUGGCACGCGCUCGUCAUCGAGAUCGUCGUCACCUUCAACAUGAUGUUCGUCACCUGCGCCGUCGCCACCGACUCCAGGGCGGUGGGUGAGUUGGCCGGGUUAGCAGUCGGUUCCGCGGUUUGCAUUACGUCAAUCUUCGCAGGGCCUGUGUCCGGCGGAUCGAUGAACCCGGCGAGGACGCUGGCGCCGGCGGUGGCCAGCAACGUCUACACGGGCCUCUGGAUCUACUUCCUCGGCCCCGUCAUCGGCACGCUCUCCGGCGCCUGGGUCUACACCUACAUCCGCUUCGAGGAGAACCCCGCCAAGGACGGGCCCCAGCGGCUCUCCUCCUUCAAGCUCCGCCGCAUGCAGAGCCAGUCCCUCGCCGCCGACGAGUUCGACACCGUCUAACACGGCGGCGGACCGACCCGGGACCGGCCGGCAGGUGUGCACCACUAGCUCGCACACAUCACCACCACCGUGCGUGUGAGCACGUGCCACCACACGUGUGUACUGUGUGCUCGCUCUGUUCAAGACCUCAGGUGGGAGAGAGCUAGAGCUCCUGCGUGUGUGUACCGGUACAUACUCGGUGUACGUACCUACGUACGUGUUUGUAUUUUUCCGCGUCGCCUAUACGUACGUAUACAUGUACGUGUACGUACGCGUCGUUGAGAUCGAGCAGCGGGGAUCUCGGAGCAGUGUAUGCUUUAUGUUGUCUUCGGCUUUGUAUUGCGUCAGAGUUGCAAAAGGUUAAUCGAUGCAGCUGAUGGGCUUGUUUAUUUGCAAAA